GAUGCUGGAGGGUCCGCUCUUCUGCGAGGGGCGCGAUAGUCCCCGGGAGCUCCGGCGUGCAGAUUCUGGCAGCUGCCUCUGGCUGCAGAGGUCCAAGCUGUUUGUGAUGGAAGUGAAGACCAUUUCCUGUCAUUAUAGUCGCCAAGUCCCCUCUCGACAGCCCAUGGACCUCCAGGCCAGCCACUGGGCCCGCGGGCCCCGCAGUCGCACGUGUAGGCCGCGCCCCGGAUCCCCCGAGCCGUCGCCCCGCCGGCCCUGGGCUUCCAGGGUGCUGCAGGAAGCCACCAACUGGCGGGCGGGGCCCCCGGCCGAGGUCCGAGCGCGGGAGCAAGAGAAAAGGAAAGCGGCGUCGCAAGAGCGGGAGGCCAAGGAGACCGAGCGAAAGAGGCGCAAGGCUGGCGGGGCCCGACGGAGCCCCCCGGGCCAACCCCGCCCCGAGCCCCGGAACGCCCCUCGGGCCGUCCAGCCUGCGGGCCUCUCGGGUCCCUCAAGGCGGGAGCGCCUGGGGCCGGCGGGCAGAGCGGCCCGCCCGUCUGCUCCACCGCACAGCGAAACAGGGGCGGCGUGGGCGGGGCCCUGGGGGGGUCGGCGGCCAGGACCCCCUAGCUACGAGGCUCACCUGCUACUGAGAGGCGCCGCCGCGACGGCCCCACGACGCCGCUGGGACCGGCCGCCGCCCUACGUGGCUCCACCUUCCUAUGAGGGUCCCCAUAGGACCUUAGGGACGAAGCGAAGCCCGGAGCGCUCUCAGGCGUCGGCCGCGUCUGCCCCAGCUCCGACCCCGGCCAGGACAGAGGGAGGGAGCGCCAGGAAGAGGCUGGAUCCUCGGAUUUACCGGGACGUCCUCGGGGCCUGGGGUCUCCGGCAGGGCCGGGGUCUGCUCGGGGGAUCUCCAGGCUGCGGAGCUGUCCGAGCAAGGCCGGCGUCUGGCAAAGGCGCCGCAGAGAGAGGGCCCGUCCUGCCUGCCGCCGGCCUGCACGGCGGGAGCGACCGCCGCUUCCAAGCCACCGCCGUGGCUGGGAGCCCGGGCAGCGGGACAGCUCCUGCGAGGCCUGCAGCUGCGCCCUCCAGCCCCCCGCGUCCCGCUCCCAGGUCCAGGCACCAGCUCGAGGGCUCGAGGGAAGGGAAAGAAGGAAGAAGAGAACAGGUGUGGCUCCCCCGGUGUUGGAUGCUCUCCCCUAAAAAGCAGCCGUCCCGGCAGAGCCAGACCCUCCCCCGACCCUGGGCUCCCGGAGGCACCGGCUGGAGGGAGUCCCCGGGUCACGGGGACGGGCCAGGCCCCGCGGCCCGCCGAGCCCACACUCUGCCCCGCUGUUCCCGGCGCCCCGCUGGUGGAGAAGGCGUGUUUGUCAUCGACGCCACGUGCGUGGUGAUAAGGUCCCAGUACGUUCCGACCCCUCGAGCGCAGCAGGUGCAGCUUCUGCCCUCUGAGAUGGUGCGUGUUGUGGGGGAUGCUCCCAGCCCUCCCAAGCCCGGUCCGCAGCAAGGCGAGGGUGCUUCGGGCUCGCCCUUCCGUGUCCCGAGGCCUCAGCUGGUGAGCCUUUCACACCGGCCGGGCGAGGGGAGUGAGGGUGAGGGUGAGGCCGAGGGCGGGAAGCCGGGCGACUCCUCCUCCCUGGAGGAGCGCGCCUCCCGAAUCUUAGGGCUCCCGGUCGGCGAAGUGAACCUGCGGGGCGCCCCCGCGCAGUCAGGCCGCCCCGAGCAUCCCGCCUUGGGCCCCGCGGCUCCGGCAGGGGCGGGCUGCGCGCGGGGCUCGGGCGGGGCGGCGGGGCCGCGGCGAGCGGGCGGGGGCUGGGCGCGGGCCCCGGGGCCCUACGCGGGGGCCCUGCGGGAAGCCGUGUCCCGCAUCCGCCGCCACACCGCCCCGGACUCGGACUCGGAUGAAGCUGAGGAGCUCAGCGCCCACAGCGGCUCCUCUGAUGGAAGCGACACGGAAGCCCCGCGCGCCUCCUGGCGGAACGAGAUGACCCAGCCUGCGGCUGGGAACCCUGGACCCCAGGAAGGUGGGAAGAGAACCGAGAUGAGCGACAGCUUCCGGGAGCUUCUGGGUGCCGUCAGCCAAACCGAGGAGGCCCUCUUCGGGGCGAGGGACCCCGCCGAGACCCCACAGGCAGAUAGGGAGUAGCAGAGAAGGUCCCUUUGUGGACUUGAGUCUGCCGACCCAUCCUCCCCUUCUUUCCCCGCGGCCGCCUUUUGCCUUUUUUUUUUUUUUUCCCUGUGUGCCUCCAACAAUGCCGGUUGCCAUCCCUGAAAUAGACAUGCAAGGGAAGGAGCAUAUGCCCGUUCCCAAGUUUGCUUCUGGAGAAGUGGGGGUGAGGUUCCAUGCCUGCUGUGUGCGGGGCGGCGCACACGCACUGGGGGCGCAGUUGAGCAGAGCAGACCUCUGGGCAGCAGGAAGAAAGGGAUGGAAAGGGUGGCAGAGGGGCCUGGGGCACAGAAGGGCUCUUGCAGGAAGUGAAUGGAUUCAACCAGCAAAGCAGAAAAGGGCUUGCGUUGGUGUCGCACGUCUUGGGUUUGUCUGUUCAAUCCAACUCUGCCAACUUCCCAGGUCUCCCAGGGUAGGGGGGAUGCACAAUGAGAAAUUUCCAAGGUCUGUCCUCCCAUCGCUGACCUUUGGGGACCAAACGAAAGCCUCUAUCUCCUCUUCCCAUCAACAAGCCAGGAAAGAGGAAAGGAUAAGUCACAGUCUGAGGGGUCCCCAGUGGCUGCUUUGUCCCGAUACAAGAGAUUCUACAGGGUUUGCAGGAGAGCUGAGUAAGUGGCAAAAGGGCUCCUACUCCACUCUCCCAGGUUGAGAUGGGGGCUCCCCGAGGCAAGGUAGGACACUGGCCCUGUCACUCCCUGUCACUGCUCCCAGAGGCAGGGACAGCAGCCAGUGAACCAGCUUUGGGCCACCUGUUCCCUCCACCCCAAUUUUCCUUGGUAGAUCCGAAGUGUUACCACAAUGUCCUAGGGCAUCCACUCGCCCCCCACCCCCCACGGAAGGAACCCCGAGAAUUUACUUGCCUCUCUGCCCUUUGCUGAAAGCAGGGGCAAAGUAGAGCAGCUCAGUUUCCAGGCAACCUGCAGAUGUGGGGUGUGCUACUCGCUGCAGCCACGAGGAGGCGCGCGCGGGCCGCGAAUUUUCCCGGUUGCGGAUCCCGGACACCCCCAGCCCAGCACUGCCAGUUAAUCGGGUCCCUAGUUACUGUCCCCUGCCUGGCCACCUCCAGACUGCGGGGCCGGGAGCAGGCCUCCGGCUCCUGUUUGUACUCAUCACUCCAACCGGCUGGAGACUCAGACGCUGAGGAUUUUUUUUCUCUCCAGUCCUGGAAACCCCGACACCCACCCCCACCUCUGCCAUUUACUGGCCUUGUGACCUUGGCCAGGGCAUUUCGUCCCCCGGAGCCUCCUUCUCCUCAUCUGUCAAUGGGGAUUUAAUAAUCACCUACCUCGCAGGGUUGUUGUGAGGAUUUAAUACGAUAAUGUAUGUAAAGCGCCUUGCUCGGUGCCCGGCACACAGUAGGCGCUCAAUAAAGCUAAGCUUCCCUUUC